AGGUGGAGAGAGGUCGCUGCUCUCUGCGUCUUCGCCUAGACAUUUCAUCGAACAGAUGGCGGAGGAGGGCGACAAGUACCGGUCUCAUCUCUCCGGCGACGGCGAGAAGCACACCCAGUGGCGCCACGGCGCGCCUCCCACCUACGACCUCGUCAACGACCUCUUCGAACGCGAGAGGACCAACGAGUGGCCGAAGGGGUCGCUGGAGGAGACGGUGCAGAACGCCGUCAAGACGUGGGAGAUGGAGCUCUCGCACAAGACGUGUCUCGCCGACUUCAAGUCCAUCCACCCAACCAAGUACCGCUUCUCCGUCAACGGCGGAGUCGCGUUGACAGGGGAGGAACUGCUGGCGGCGGGGAGCUACAACGCUUUGCUGCGCUCGGCGCUGCCGGCCGAGCUCCGCCCCUACUACAACCCCAACGCCGAGACGUUCGAGUCGUCGCAUGAUAUCUUCCGUGUCGCGCUGCCCCGAGGCUUCGCGUGGGAGGUGCUCGCCGUGUACUCCCCGCCGCCAGUCGUCGCCUUCAAGUUCCGGCACUGGGGGUACAUGGAGGGGCCCUACAAGGGCCACGCCCCGACCGGCGAGAAAGUGGAGUUCACCGGCGUCGGCGUCCUCAGGGUGGACGAGGAGUUGAAGGUGGAAGAAGUGGAAAUUUACUAUGAUCCAGGCGAGCUCUUCGCCGGACUUGUGAAAGGGGAGGUGAAGGACGGUGGGGACCCCACAGCUUCCAAGCUUCAAUAGUGCCUUUUCUCAAUAAUUAAUGUCUGUCUCCUGCUUUUCUUAAUGAAUUUUCUCGAUGAAUAAAUUUGUUUA